AUGUUUCUGGCUGGAGCGGUUCUCCGUGAUCAUAAAUUGGAGCUCUUGCUGACACUGAAACACAGAAUCAUUGACUUUGCGAACGGCGUUCUCAAGCUGAGCGAUCAUGCCCAGAACCUCUGGCCUGAUGAUUCUUUUAUGGUAUCCUCUGACAAGCUUCAUCACUUCUCCUGCGGUCUGGACCGGGGUGUUGUAGAACUGCUCAACCGCUGCCGGGUCGUUGGCAUUGACACCAAAAUCUGCCGCCACGGCUUGCAGGGCCGUUUGAUCCUCCAGAAAAACCGGCUGAAUCAAUGUAGCUUCCUGCGCCGCUGGCGCUGCGGUGGGAAUAGCGGCCCCUGCCGGCUCCUGCGGUGUGGUCAGUCCACUGACUGUUGGGCUCGGCGGUCCGCGCUUGUUGUUGCGCUGCUCACUGAAGAAGAGCUCCUGAUGGGCAAGCUGAGGACCCUGAAUGUCAACUCUCGAAAGUUCCCUGAAGCCGAAAUUUCCGAAGCACGGGCAAACGAGGACGAGGAGCAGGAGCAGGAGCAGGACGAAGAGGAGGAGGACGAGGAGCGGAAGAAGUGGCUCGAGAGCAUGGUGAUCGCCGGUCCCAGCGCAGCGCCUCUGCCCGAUGUGGUGACCUUCGGCAGCGCCCUGAGCGCCUGCAGCGGGGCGCGGCAGCUCCCGGCCUCUCUGCUGCUGCUGGAGGAGAUGCAGAAGCUGAAGAUCCGGCUCAGCGUCGCAGCCUGCAGCACGGUCGUGGCCACCUGUGAGAGUGGCUACAACUGGGAUGUGAGCCUGGGCCUCCUCUCAGGAGCCCGGCAAGCCGAGCUCGGUAUCGAUCUCCAGCUCGCCAGCAGCGCCAUGCAUGUCUGUGAAGGCAGCCAGCAAUGGGCCCAAGCCACUGCACUUUUCGGCUGCUUGCCGCAGUGGCGGAUGAGGCCCGACUUAGCUGCCUUCGGCUCGGCCUUAAGCGCGUGCAAGGGCGGCAGCGCUUGGCAAUCGGCUGCGAGCCUCCUACAAGCACUCGCGAUUCGCCGUCUGCCUCGGGACACAGCUGCCUUCAGUGCAGGCUUGGCAUCUUUCAGUGCCGAGGCCUGGCCUCUGGGCAUCGAGCUGCUCGCCGAUGCCGCUGCUCAGGGCGCGGCGAAUGCGGUGUGCGUCGCCCCGGCGAAGGGCAAGUGCCAGAAGGGUGAGAGUUGCAAGUUUGCGCACGGGAAGACGGCUCUCAAGUUCAAGCCGGACCUUUCAAAGACCAAGAUGUGCACCACUUUCCGGGUGAACGGAGACUGCAAGUACGGUGAGGACUGCACCUACGCGCAUGACCGGAGCGAGAUUCGCCGCAACAUCAUGAAGAAGCAGAAGAUGGAGGAGGUUGGACUGCGACCGCCAGCCCCAACAGCCCCUCGCAGCGUGUCCGCGCCGGACGAGAUGCUGACUUCUGUCAAUGAUGUGGAUCUUACCCCAGUCAGAAGCCAUUCUGCCAACCAUGCAAAGAUCGUCGAUGACUGGGACCUGUCGCUUCCCAUUCCAGCCCGAAGCGAGAGCUCAAACUCUCAAGCGUCCACCGUAUGUCCGCCCAACAUGACAAGUCCUUGCUCAGUGGAGGACAUUGAGGCCCCAUGGAGCCGGACCGUCACAUGGGCAUCUUCGUACAACGCUGCGGAUUCGGUGUCCGACUUCGAGGAGCAGGAUCUUCCGUGCCUGGGAGUUCUGGUUGGCCGGAGCGCCACAUGGGCCGACAUCAGCGUGGAGGCUGAAGAUCACCCUGCGCCUGUCGGACGAAGCGCAACCUGGGCACAUGGCAGCACAAGCACGCGGCCCGAAGAUACGGAGCCCCCUUGCCUGGGAGUGCAUGUGGGCCGGAGAGCAAGAUGGGCCGACAUCAGCAUGGAGGCUGAAGAUCACCCUGAGCCUGCUGGACGAAGCGCAACCUGGGGACAUGGCAGCGCAGUGUUCGAAUCCAUGGAGAAUCCGUUGCCCGUUGACCCGGUCGCGUUUGCGACCACCAGCCUGAAGGCUGAAGACUCGGCAUCCAACGACGACGAGAUCCUCGAUGUUUUCGUGAAGAACACGUUUCUUCAUUUCCAACCAGCGGCCAUGCCGUUGGGACCUUUGCGUCACACAAAGUCCCUUCCGCUUCUUCUGGAGCAGGCAGUCGAUGAGCCUUAA